AUGGGCGGAUAUCAGCCGUCAGCACGACCACCACGCUAUCUGGACUGGGACUCCGACUCUGACGAUAUGUGCAAUGAGCGUGACAAAUACGAAAAGGAACGAUAUCCCGCUCGGUAUCCCUGGCUGAAGUGUUGCCCCGAAGAUGACACUUUUGAUCAACCAAGAAUGAAGCAUAAGAUCAAGCGAUCAGAACGAGGCUACAAAAAAGAUUACAAUGAUAAAUAA